UCCUCUCGGUGCCUCUUCCGAAUCUUGGGCUCUUUUGUCUCCCGCUUACGGAAAGCUUCGGUACCACGAAGAAAAUUAAGUGACUCAAUUCGGUUCGCCUUCGAAAGAAGAGAGAUGGGGAACUGCAUCGAUCUACAGAAGCCAAUCUCGUGGGUGGACGAGGAGGAAUGGGAGGCGGCGGAGCUCCCGAGUCCCGCACAUUGUCGAAAAGAAGAAAAGACCGAGAGAGUUGCUGCAGCAUCCGCGAACCCGCCGGCGAAGGAGGAACUGGAAGAAUUCUUGCACUGGAAGAAUUCCAUAUGUCGGAAACAAGGGGUGGCCUCCACGGAGAUCAAGACCAGGAUCAGCAAGAAGCAACUGGAAGAGCUGCUACAUCAAGCGGACGAAAAGGGAUUGCCGCUCAAGAAGAUUCUUGUGGAUAUCGCAACGAUAGGUGGGGUUUGUACCGAGAACAGGGACCGGUGCUGGAGACCCAACCUGCAGAGUAUACUCGAGGAGGUAUCGGAAUUGAGUAGAACCCCCUAGUUUCCGACAUAUCAACGACGAUGAUGAUGAUGAAGACUUGUUUAGGUGUGCGUUACUUUUAGAUGUAGG